CAAUCCUGGGGCAGUAAGGUACGAUCAUGGGGCAGUUAGGUACGAUCUUGGGGCAGUAAGGUACAAUCCUGGGGCAGUUAGGUACAAUCAUGGGGCAGUUAGGUACGAUCUUGGGGCAGUAAGGUACAAUCCUGGGGCAGUCAGAUAUGAUCUUGGGGCAAAAAGGUACGAUCUUGGGGCAGUAAGGUGCGAUCAUGGGGCAGUUAGGUACAAUCAUGGGGCAGUUAGGUACGAUCUUGGGGCAGUAAGGUACGAUCUUGGGGCAGUGAGGUACAAUCCUUGGGCAGUCAGAUAUGAUCUUGGGGCAGUGAGGUACAAUCCUGGGGCAGUAAGGUACGAUCAUGGGGCAGUUAGGUACGAUCUUGGGGCAGUGAGGUACAAUCCUGGGGCAGUUAGGUACGAUCUUGGGGCAGUGAGGUACGAUCUUGGGGCAGUGAGGUACAAUCCUGGGGCAGUUAGGAACGAUCAUGGGGCAGUAAGGUACGAUCUUGGGGCAGUGAGGUACAAUCCUGGGGCAGUUAGGUACGAUCAUGGGGCAGUUAGGUACGAUCUUGGGGCAGUGAGGUACAAUCCUGGGGCAGUAAGGUACGAUCAUGGGGCAGUUAGGUACGAUCUUGGGGCAGUGAGGUACAAUCCUGGGGCAGUUAGGUACGAUCUUGGGGCAGUAAGGUACAAUCCUGGGGCAGUCGGAUAUGAUCUUGGGGCAAAAAGGUACGAUCUUGGGACAGUAAGGUACGAUCAUGGGGCAGUUAGGUACAAUCGUGGGGCAAUAAGGUACAAUCCUGGGUCAGUCAGAUAUGAUCUUGGGGCAAUAAGGUACGAUCUUGGGGCAGUAAGGUACGAUCAUGGGGCAGUUAGGUACAAUCUUGGGGCAGUAAGGUACAAUCCUGGGGCACUAAGAUUUUAUAUGAAAACAAUAUAAGAUUUUACCUACAUGGUUUUAAUUGAGAGUGAUAUACAUGAAAGGUACCAAGUUGGGGCAGUAAGGAACCAUCCUGGGGCAGUAAGGUACAAUCCUGGGGUAGUAAGAAUGUAUGUGGAAACAAUAUAAGAUUUUACCUAUAUACUUUAAUUGAUAGUGAUACACAUGAAAGGUAAGAAGUAGGGGCAGUAAGGAACUAUCCUGGGGCAGUAAGGUACAAUCCUGGGGGAGUUAGGUUCAAUCCUGGGGCAGUAGGAAUUUAUCUGAAAACAAUGCAAGAUUUUACCUACAUGCCUUAAUUGAUAGUAGUACAUAUGAAAGGUACAACCUUUGGGCAGUAAGGUACAAUCCUGGGGCAGUCAGGUACAAUCUUGGGGCAGUAAGAUUCUAUGUGAAAUUAACUGAAGAUAUUACCAACAUGUAUUUAAUUGAUUAUGAUAUACAUGAAAGGUACCA